AUGAAAGGUAUUUCAAAUGUAAUCAAUACUCUUCUUCAACCGUUAGUAACGAAAUUCUUUCGAAAUAAACAAAUUGCCGUCGCUUCUGAUGCAAUCGACAAAUGGCGUGAAUAUGCAGACAUGACUACCAUGCCUUCGUGUUCCUAUUUUGUUACAAUUCAUCUUCGUCAUCUUCGUUCUAGUUUACCAUUUCAUUUAAUUAUUGCAUCAUUGGAACACUUUUUUCAUUAUUUUGGAUCGAUGACACAUAUCAAUGGUAUAUCAACGGCAACUAUUCUUCAGCUCACUCGUCUUCUACUUGACAAUCAAUAUUGUAUUUAUGAAAACAAAUUAUAUCGACAGACAAUCAUCAAGCUCGGCGAAGAAAAAGGCAAAGUAUAUGAUAUUGAUGAACAGUUGAAAACAAGUGAACAAUCGCCAAAAUAUUACUCUGCAAGUUCGCUGGAAUCUGUUUAA